AUGCCCGAAACAAUUCUUGUUACAGGUGCGAAUUCAUUUAUUGGUACCUGGAUUGUUAAAUAUCUCCUGGAAAAAGGCUACAACGUUCGUGGAACAGUUCGAUCUCAAGCCAAAGAAUAUCAAGUUCUUGAUGGCAUUUCGAAAGAUUAUCAUAGUCGAAUUUCAUUCGUACACAUCAGUGAUAUUACUACAGACUCGUUUGAAGAAGCUGUUCAAGGUAUUCAUGGUAUCAUUCAUGUUGCUUCACCAUUUCAUUUUAAGAUUACAAAUCCAGAGAAAGAUUUAAUUUUGCCAGCCAUCAAUGGAACCCUAGGGAUUCUAAAAGCUGCUCAUAAAUACAAUCAAAACAAAGAAAAUAAGAUCAAAAGAGUAGUGAUUACAUCUUCAUUUGCUUCAAUCUUGGAUCCAAAUAAAGGAUUUCGACCCGGCUAUUCGUAUACAGAAAAUGAUUGGUCGCCAAUAACUUAUGAACAAGGUGCUGCUGCAAAAAAUGAACCGAUGACGGCUUAUCGUGCGUCAAAAGUAUGUGCAGAACGUGCUGCAUGGGAAUUUAUUGAGAAAGAGAAACCUUCAUUUACGAUCGCAACCAUAUGUGAACCAAUGGUGUUCGGACCACGCGUUAAUGGUUUCAAAUCAUUGGAUGAUGUCAAUACCUCCAAUGCAAUUGUACAAUCAUUAAUUACGAGUGGCAAAGAUGCUCAAGUUCCUGAAACACGUGUACCGGUCGAAGUUGAUGUAAGAGAUGUUGCUUAUACACAUAUAGCAGCUUUAGAACGAUCAACUGACACCAACGAACGCUAUCUAAUAGCAGGUGGAACCUGGAGUUUUCAAGAAAUAGCUGAUAUUGUUCACGAAAGUACCAUUAUUCCAGAUAAUGUAAAGAAUACCACACCAGUUGGUACUAAAGGUCAACAACUACCGGAUCAUUAUCAACUUGAUAGUUCUAAAGCACAAAAAGAAUUAGGUGUUAAAUACACUCCUUUGAAGAAAACGAUAGAAGAUUUGGUUUUGCAAUUAGCCGAAUUGCAAAAAACACUAGGACAAUCAUGA